AUGGACCGACAGUCGCUUCGAACGACCCUCAGAGCCAUGGAUGCCUCCAACGAAAACGGCUCGGCCAAAGGCGCGAAAAAAACGACAAUCGGGUCUUUUGUGAGGUGGACUUUUGGUUUCAACUCGGUCCCUCUCACCACCCUCGUGACCAUCACAACCGUGCUUCUGGGACUGCUGGUCUACGUGUCCACGUCGGUGAACCCACCGGACGUGACUGAGGCGCAGAAACCACUGCUCAACUACGCAUGGGCCCAAUUGGGCGAAAUUUCUCGAUACCCGCACCCUUACUUCUCCCACGACAACGACCGUGUCAGACAACACAUACUCAAGGAGGUCUACACCCUCGCAGGCCGUGAGCACUUUGAAGGAGCACAGAUAGAGGUCGACGACUCACAGACAGACAUCUUCAUCCAGAAAGAAGACGUGUUCGACAAGUCAGCGCCACCGGGAAAACUCACCUACUUUGAAGGUAACAAUGUCGUCGUCAGACUGUCCUCCAAGAACUCGGACAAGAGUCUGGGGGCAAUCCUGCUCUCUGCACACUUUGACUCUGUGCCUUCAUCCUUUGGUGUCACCGAUGACGGUGCUGGUAUCGCCACCAUGCUGGCUGUUCUCAAACACGCCCUGGCUCAGAACGAAGGACCCAAGCGAGAUAUAAUCUUCAACUUCAACAACAAUGAGGAGUUUGGUCUGCUAGGAGCUGAAGCAUUCAUGCACCACCCCUGGGCACAAAACGUAUCUGCCUUCAUCAACCUAGAAGGUACCGGUGCUGGAGGAAAGGCCAUUCUGUUCCGAGCCUCUGACUACGGCGUCGCCUCCCAUUACUCCGCGGCAGAAAUGCCAUUUGCCUCUUCUGUCUACCAGGAGGGCUUCUCUAAUGGCUUCAUCCACUCCCAGACCGACUAUAAGGUCUACACUGAAGGCGGUCUUCGAGGUCUUGACAUUGCCUUCUACAAGCCUCGAGCUCUUUACCACACUCGAAGGGACAACAUUGCCGAGACCACCAAGAACGCACUCAACCACAUGCUGGUCAACACCAUUGACGUGACCCAGUCGAUGACCGAAGCAGACUCGUUUGACCACGCCGACCAGCCAGCUGUCUUCUCUGAUAUCGGGGGCUAUUUGUUCAUCAUUCUGCCUCUGCAGUACAUCUUUGUUAUCUCCUGUUUGACUCUUGCUGUUGGUCCAAUCUUUGUCGGCUUCCUAUUCCUACUGGUGCUUCGAAAGCAGAUCAAUGCUGGGACUUCAGAAACCAUUCUCGGCGGCUGGCUCCGAUCUAUCGUCUCUGUGCUCGUGAGUGUGGUCGCAACCUACUUUGUAGUCGAGACUCUCCAUCUUGGUAACGAGCUUUAUGUUGUUCGGUCGUUCUAUACCCCUCUGUUUGCCGGCUUGGGCACCUUCAUUUUCGUCAACUACGUGCUCCUUGGCUUCUUCCACUUUGUGCGACCCGUGUGUGAUCAAAAGCUCAUCAUCCUGUUAGAGCUAUCAGUCGUUCUCUGGGUCCUUCUUCUCUUGUCUGUCAUCCAUGAGGCCACCCACAAGGCUACAGGUGAGUAUCAUUUCUUGAUCCUGUACAUUGUAGUGGCCACAGCGUCGAUUUUGGGAUUGUUUGGUCACCUGGUGACGUCUACGGAGACUUCUACUUUUGUCGAGGGUCCCGAAGACGAGGAAGACACUGUGGACGCAUCUGAGGCCACCGAAACUUCCCCCCUGCUCCCCGAGGCCAGCCCUGACAAUGCUGCUCCCAGCAUUCACGGUGCCGUUGACCCCGAGAACCAGCAAGAGGACAAGACUCUUCAGAAGAUUGCUGUUUCCAUGGGCUACGAUUGGAGUAUCCAGUUUCUGCUGGUUGUACCAAUCACUUUCUUCGUGACCUUUGGUCUGGCUGCUUCUCUGCUUGACGGUCUUCACCAGACCCCUCUGGAGUCUGAAAAGUCGGCUGAUUUCGUCUACACAACCAUUACAGCCAUGUCUGUCUUGGUUGGAAUUACCUUUUUGCCCUUUGUGCACAAACUGCAGGUGUUUGUGCCCAUUGUGGUUGUUGGGGUGGCUGUGACUGCAAGUUUUGUCCAUAUUCUGAGCCCACCCUUCAGCAGCAAUGCUCCUGCCAAGAUGCGGUUUGUGCAGAACAUCAACCUGGAUGAGGGUACGAGUUAUGCGAAUGUUCUGGGACGACAGGACGUUCUGCAGGAGGUUCUGGAGUACAUUCCUUCCACCGAUACCUUCAAGCCCAACUGUUCUUCCCGGGGAGAUGGUGUCGAGAUAUGCAACUACAUUGCCCCUCGACCCUGGCUGAUUGACGGUGAGAAGGUGUCAUCUGAUGGGGAUUUCGCUGGGCUUCCUACCAACCUUUUGGACGUCAAGGUGGUUCCUGUGAACGAGACUUCUUCUGGCCCGUUUGACCGAUUUGAUGGUCGAUUCAAAAUAUCGGCCCUCAACAACCGUGGCUGUGUUCUGCGGUUCAACACCACCCGGUUCAAGUCUGGCGAUGUUGAGACUGGUGUGUCUCCUGUGAAGAUGGUGACACUUCGUCACAACCGGGUGGGCAAAACGGGCAUCACUACCGGAUCAGGAAGUCGGUUCUCCAUGUUUGGAUGGACUAGAGAUCCCAAGACGGGUAAGGACGAGUUCCGGUCGUUUAUGCAUGGAGUUGACGACGUAACUCUGCAUAAGCUGGACUGGGAGGACCCCGAGUAUGACAUCCAGUUGAGCUGGAUUCCUCGGUGGUACGAAGUGGGCGAUCCUGAGGACGAGGGUAAUGAGGCACUCAAAAACCGGCUGGGCGUCACAGUCACAUGCAGCUGGGCCGAGUACCUGGAUCCCUCGUCUAUUGUGGACGAGCAGGGUCGACGACGCACCAUGGACAAGAUUCCAGCCUUUACGGAGCUGAACAAUUUUUCCCCGGCCUGGUCCAUUUGGAGCAACCAGGGCAGAGGUCUUGUUGAGGUCAGUAAGUACGUCGAGCUCUAA